AUGCACCUUCCACAUGUGACCUUACUCUGCACAGCCCUCGCUGGAAAAGACUCCGGAGGAUACAAAGAAACUGUAAGAUUCCUGACCAGAAAAAAAUUACUAAGCUUGAAGGAAGCUCAGCUGACCAUGGAUCUCAAAAGUAUAAAAGCAAUUGAAGGUGAAGAAGGCACUGAAAAAAGGAAAAAGGGUGACAAGAAUAAAGAGAAGGUUUUGGGAGUUGGAUUUUUUCAGCUGUUCCGAUUCGCUACAUGUACAGAUAUUGUGAUGAUGGUAGUGGGGGGGUUGUGUGCUCUCGUUCACGGGGCUGCCUCACCUCUCAUGCUGCUGGUCUACGGCAUGAUGACCAACAUCUUUGUAGCCUAUGAGCUGGAGGUUCAGGAACUGGCUGAUCCCAAUAAAACCUGCAUUAAUAACACUGUGACAUGGACUAACGGCUCUGUAGUGGAGCUGGAGGGUAACACUGUUUACUGUGGUGUGGAUAUCGAAGCACAGAUGACUAUGUUUGCUUAUUAUUACAUCGGAAUUGGACUGGGAGUGUUAAUCCUUAGCUACUUUCAGAUUGCCUUAUGGGUGUCUGCAGCUGCAAGACAGACACAAAGAAUCCGAAAAACAUACUUCAGGAAGAUCAUGUGCAUGGAAAUCGGCUGGUUCGACUGCACGUCUGUUGGCGAGCUGAACACAAAAAUAUCAGAUGAUAUCAACAAGAUCAACAAUGCAAUUGCUGACCAGGUCACCAUCUUUAUUGAGAGGAUCUCAACGUUCAUUUUUGGUUUUAUGGUGGGCUUUGUUGGAGGGUGGAAACUGACACUGGUGAUAAUUGCAGUGAGCCCUCUGAUUGGACUGGCUGCAGGACUAAUGGCUAUGGCGGUGGCGAGGCUGACGGUGCGUGAGCUGCAGGCUUAUGCUAAAGCUGGAGCCAUAGCUGAUGAAGUUCUCUCAUCCAUCAGAACAGUAGCAGCAUUUGGAGGAGAGGAUAAGGAGACAGAGAGAUAUGAUAAAAACCUUGAAGAGGCUCAAACCUGGGGGGUGAAGAAAGGGACAAUCAUUGGUAUAUUUCAGGGAUACCUGUGGUGCAUCAUAUUCCUCUGCUAUGCUCUAGCCUUCUGGUAUGGCUCUAAGCUUGUCAUUGACACCAAGGAGCUCACACCUGGAACCCUCAUCCAGGUGUUCUUUGGAGUGCUCAUUGGAGCCAUGAACCUCGGCCAAGCUUCUCCAUGUCUAGAAGCCUUUGCUUCAGGUCGAGCUGCAGCUAAGAGCAUCUUCGACACAAUCGACAGAAUACCAAAAAUCGAUUGCUUCUCAGAGGAAGGGCACAAGUUAGAGAAAGUCAAAGGUGACAUUGAAUUCCAUAGCAUUGAGUUCAACUACCCCUCCAGACCUGAUGUGAAGAUUUUAGACAAUUUAAACUUGGAGGUUAAAGCAGGAGAGACAACCGCGUUUGUUGGACCCAGCGGAUCUGGCAAAAGUACAGCAGUGCAACUCAUUCAGAGAUUUUAUGACCCCAGUCAAGGAAUGGUCACCCUGGAUGGUCACGACAUCAGAAGCCUGAAUAUUCAGUGGCUGCGUUCACUGAUUGGCAUUGUAGAGCAGGAACCUGUCCUUUUUGCCACCAGUAUCUCAGAGAACAUCCGCUAUGGCCGACCAGGAGUCACCAUGGAGGAGAUCAUACAGGCUUCCAAAGAGGCCAAUGCCUACAACUUUAUCAUGGACCUUCCACAGAAAUUCGAUACACUGGUUGGGGAAGGUGGAGGCCAGAUGAGUGGAGGACAAAAGCAGAGAAUUGCAAUUGCUCGAGCACUGGUCAGAAACCCCAAAAUCCUGCUACUGGACAUGGCCACAUCGGCCCUGGACAAUGAGAGCGAGGCCGUGGUGCAGGAGGCUCUUGACAAGGCUCGCGUAGGCAGAACCACCAUUACUAUUGCCCAUCGCCUGUCUACGAUUCGUAAUGCUGAUGUGAUUGUGGGUUUUGAGCAUGGAUGUGCUGUGGAGAGGGGCUCACACAGCGAGCUGCUGGAGAGGAAAGGAGUCUACUUCACUCUUGUUACUCUCCAGAACCAAGGAAGUGAAUCAUCCAACAACAAAACAAACAACAACACAGGCAUCCCUGAAGAUGAUGGAUUCAAGAAUCGUAGUUUUAGCAGGGGAAGCUACAAGUCUAGUUUAAGGAAAUCUUUGAGAAUGAGGUCUCAGUCUCAAAUAUCAAACAGCUUUACUGAAGCCAUUUCUGGAGAACGGAUAUUUGAUUCUGACAGUUUUAAACUGGACACGACUGAGGAAAAUAAGAUAUAUGAUGAUCCAGUGACUGAAUCAGCACCAGUGGCUCGAAUUUUGAAGUACAACCAGCCAGAAUGGCCAUAUAUGGUCCUGGGUUCUUUAGGAGCAGCCGUAAAUGGUUCCGUCAACCCCAUCUAUGCCCUCCUAUUCAGCCAGAUUUUAGGGACAUUUGCUCUCAGAGACCUGGAGGAGCAGAGAGAUCAGAUAAAUGGGGUUUGCAUUCUGUUUGUCAUUGUGGGAUGUAUGAGCUUCUUCUCACAGUUCUUACAGGGUUAUGCUUUUGCUAAAUCUGGAGAGCGACUGACUCGCAGGUUGAGAAAAGUUGGCUUCCAGGCCAUGCUUCAGCAGGAGGUUGGAUGGUUUGAUGAUCCUACAAACAGUCCUGGAGCUCUUACCACUAGACUGGCUACUGAUGCAUCCAUGGUGCAAGGGGCUACCGGCUCUCAGAUCGGCAUGAUCGUUAACUCACUGACCAACAUUGGAGCCUCAUUUAUCAUUGCGUACACUUUCAGCUGGAAGCUGAGUCUGGUGGUGACCGGCUUCCUCCCCCUGAUUGGCCUCUCUGGGGUCUUUCAGGCUAAAAUGUUGACUGGGUUUGCUAAUGAGGACAAGAAGGCAUUAGAGGCAGCAGGACAGGUGUCCAGUGAAGCUAUGGCCAAUAUCAGGACUGUUGCAGGAUUGGCUAAGGAGAAGCAGUUUGUGGAUCUCUAUGAGCAGCAGCUGGAGGCUCCCUACAGAGCAGCCAAGAAGAAGGCUAACAUCUAUGCCAUCUGCUUUGCCUUCGCCCAGUGUGUUAUCUUCAUGGCAUACGCAGCGUCUUUUAGAUAUGGUGGCUAUCUGGUUAAUUAUGAGGGACUUCACUAUGUGGUGGUUUUCAGAGUAAUCGCUGCCAUUGUAACCAGUGGAACAGCCCUCGGAAAAGCUUCAUCUUUCACACCAGACUACGCCAAAGCCAAAAUAGCUGCUGCUCAGUUCUUCAAACUGCUGGACAGAGUCCCCAGAAUUAACAUUAAUCAAAAAGAUGGAAAAAGAUGGGAUCAUUUUAAAGGUCGUGUUGAGUUUAAGAACUGCACGUUCACAUACCCAAGCCGGCCAAGUAUCCAGGUGCUGAGGGGACUAGAGGUGGCAGUGAGUCCUGGCCAGACCCUUGCGUUUGUGGGCAGUAGUGGAUGUGGCAAGAGUACAAGUGUUCAGCUCCUGGAGAGAUUCUAUGACCCAGACCAAGGCCAAGUGUUAAUAGAUGGCCACCCAUCCCAUGAUGUUAAUGUACCAUUCCUGAGGUCUCAGAUUGGAAUUGUGUCUCAAGAGCCUGUGCUGUUUGACUGCACUAUAGCAGAAAACAUUCAGUAUGGGGAUAACUCACGACUCAUCAGCAUGGAUGAGAUUGUAGAUGCUUCAAAGAAGGCUUACCUGCAUGAGUUUGUGAUGUCUCUUCCUGAUAAAUAUGAAACUCAAGUUGGAGCUCAGGGUUCUCAGCUCUCUAGAGGGCAGAAGCAGCGUAUAGCCAUCGCCCGUGCCAUCAUCAGAAACCCCAAAAUCCUACUGCUGGAUGAGGCCACCUCGGCCCUGGACACAGAAAGCGAGAAGACAGUUCAGGCAGCACUGGAUGAAGCUCGGCGAGGUCGCACCUGCAUUGUCAUUGCUCACAGACUCUCCACCAUUCAAACAGCAGACAUUAUCGCGGUGAUGUCACAGGGCGUGGUCAUAGAGAAAGGAACUCAUGAAGAGCUGAUGGCUAAGAAAGCGGCAUACUAUAAGCUGGUCACUACUGGUGCACCUAUUAGUUAGAAACAGUGGUGUACAUUAACAGUGAUAAAAAAAAACUACGAAGAGGUACUGUUUUAAGUAUUUUUGCUGUUAUUUAUAGAAAAGUGUACUUGGGUAUUAAGGUGAUAAAAAUAAAAUAUACAAUUUUUAAUCAGUUCAGAAAUCAUAUGUUAUGGACUGUGGUUAAACAGAUUGAAGGAACAGAAGUGAAGUACGAAUAGAAGGGGGGAAAAUAGAGAGAUAGCUGAAGGAUUAUGAGUAAGAAAUUGAUACUUGCACACACUUCUCUUUUUAUAGACAUAAUUAUUAUUAAUAGUUCACAAUGCAUGUCUAUAUAAUAAAUAAUCAAUUUUUUUAUAAUAAUCAAAAAUGUUCCUCUUUUGCAAAUGUGCCUUCUGUAGAUGACGUUAUAUAUAUAUAUUUUUUUCUACUAUCAUUAAAGCCACAGAACCAUUUGUGUGAACUAUAUAAACAAUUUAUGCUUAAAGUUCAGUACAAAUGUACUGCAAAACAAAUUAACAAGUAAUCUGGGUAUAUAACAUGUAACUGCCGCAUAUAUUUAAAUGCUCUCUGCAAGAUAAACAGGAAGUUGCCAGAUAACUUAAAUAUUUUAAUACAUUUUACUGGUGGAUAUUUAACCUAGAGCUAGUGAAACUUAUUCUAUAAUAUAUAUAAUAUAUAUUAUUCUAUAAUAUACUAUGUUUCCUAAAGGGGUAGACGACAUUUUCACUUUUGUGUUCUUUAUUGUGUUGUUACAGUGUUAUUCUCUUCUAUUUCACACAUAUUUAAUUUAAAUACAUUUUCUGUAUGGUGUUUUUUUAUAUUGUUUAUUGGAUUGUGUUUAUUGUUUGUUGAAUUGUGAGUUUUAGUUGUGUACGAUUGAUUUGAAGAAAAUUAAACUGUUAUUUUAGACAAAAUAUGCUGUAUUUUCUGAGAUGAUAUUUAUCUCACUUCUGCAUGUAUUAUACCCCAUUUUCUGUCCUGUAUGUUUGUGUAUAUGAUGAACACCUUGAGUUUUUUUUAACCUUUCCUGCUCUUAUUAAAUGAUUCAAC